CACGGUAAAGGUCCAUGCGAUGGUGAGAUUGGUGUAGUGAAAAAAUGUGCCAACACUGCAGUAAGAUCAAGACGAUUUAUUAUUGCCAACGCUCAUGACCUUUUUAACUUCUGCAAGGAAACUUUGUCACUACCCAAAGAAGAAGACCAUGUACACAUGAGAAGAAGAUUCUUCUAUGUCAAGAAUGGCGAAGUCAACCGAGAAGAGAGAGAACGAAGUACAAACAUCCGUCCUCUCCAAAAUACCCGAAGCUCCCACAGCUUUAGUGGUAUUGAACCCUAUUUUAUUGGAGUGAAGGAAAGGAGCUGUUUCUGUAACAUUUGUAUGGGUACAUCAGAUGAGGCAUGUCCAAAUACCAAGUUCACUGGUCAACUCUGUUUGACGUCGCUUAGAAGUGGGAAAAUAAAAAGAACAUCUGCACCCACAAGUCAACCAAAGCAAAUUGAUGAGGUAACUGUAUCUGUAUUGUCAAUACAGACUGACUCUACCCAGUCCACACAGGAGAUAUCAGCUCACACUAAAUUAGAUGAAGAAUUUGCUGCUCCA